GGCACAGAGUGAGAGGAAACAAGCAGGACUUACUGCAGCUCUGAAUGAGUCUCAUCCACAUGGCAGACGCCUUCCUCGGCCCUUCGGGGCCACUGGCCACGUUCCCCAGCUCAUGGAUUUGUCUGUUCAUAUUGGUAUGUGGGGUGUCAUCCUCGCCUGCAAUGCCACGGACUGACUCGAAGGUAGCGCAAGUAGAUGACGUGAACGUGCUGAUGUAUGGGGUCCUGCAGUUCAGUGAGUCACUGCACCACAUGUAUCAGAACACUGAGGCUAAGUUGGAGCGUAUCACGCGUGCCAUUACAGACACUGAGCGCCUUGUGAGACGUCUGGACCAAGAGACAGAGCAGACCAUCCGCUCGGAGCGCCAGAUAAAAGACAAACUCGGCAUCAUCCAGGUCCAGACAGCAGCGCUACAAGCCCAGGCUCAACAAACCAGAGGAUUUGUCUACAAGGUGGAGCAGGAAGACAUGGCGCUAAAGCAAAAACUUUUCAAUCUGGAGACAACCUUGAAAAGCUUCACCCCGGAUAGGAUCAGAGCAUUGCAGGAGAUCACCCAGAAGCACAACACCCUUCUGUAUGACCUGGUAAACUGGACAGAGAAACACAAACAGCAGCUAGAAAACCAGAAGCAGCAGUUGGCUGAGUUACAGAACCGGACAAACUCCAGCGUUCCCAGUCACACGAGUACACACGAGUGAACAUUAACUGGAAGAACUGGUGAUUCAACUAUUUUGAGGAGAGGACAGAUUCCCUCUCAAGCCCAGUGCUCGACAGGAACUGUGGUCUUUACUAACACUCCAAAACAAAACAUAUAUUUCACUUUUCCUUUACUGUUAACAGACUAAAUAAAUAUAAGGAUGCCAUUGUAUUGUACUAAUAUUGUAAUACUAGACAAUAUUAUUUU